GCUAUGCUGUUUGUAAAUAACCAUAUAAUGCGAAACGAUUUGGCGCAGUGCAUUGUGGGUAAUGUAGUCCUUCAUCUCCGACAUCUUUGUUUUCACUGAACGCACGCGGCGGCUUGGAGAACUACAAUUACCACGAGGCGGAGCGGACAACUGAAAGAAGACGGACGUAGGCGUUAGCUUUAAAGCAACACCACCAAGGUUGUUAGGGUACGUACCAAAAGAAUAACAGCCCGUUAAGGUUUUUCCUCGUCCCUGGACCUGGUGGUGAGCAGAAAGCAGCGCCGCGUCUCCGUCCGUCUCUCAUGUCCAUCCUCUGUGUGUCCCGGUCCAUCAGCACCCUCUCCGCCCCCCAUCGCCCCCCUGCACCCUCCGUCUCUGUCCCCCUGAUGCGCAGGACCGAGAGUCAGCCUCAUGACUGCGUGGAUCAUCCUGCCCGUCAGCCUGGCCGCCUUCUCCAUCACCGGGAUAUGGAUAGUGUACGCCAUGGCCGUGAUGAACCACCACGUUUGUCCUGUGGAGAACUGGUCUUACAACGUGACGUGUUCAGAGCAAAAAGCUGAACCAGGCUUCCCCAAGACCUGCUGCACCCUUCAGGACAUCCCACUCAUCAGUAAAUGCGGCUCAUAUCCUCCAGAGAGCUGUCUGUUCAGCCUCAUCGGCAAUGUGGGAGCAUUUAUGGUGGUGAUGGUGUGUCUGCUGCGCUACGCUCAGAUCAUCGAGCACAGUCAUCACUCCUGGACCAACACGAGCGGCCUGGUGUCGGGCUUCACCAACGCCGUGGGACUCGUCAUGGUGGGAAACUUCCAGGUGGACCACGCUAAGACUCUGCACUACGUGGGCGCGGGCGUGGCCUUUCCCGCCGGGAUGCUGUUCGUGUGUCUGCAGUGUGUGUUGACGUACCGCGUCGCGGUCACGCCUCUGGAUUACCUGAUGGCCCACGUGAGGGUGGCGCUCUCCAGCAUCUCUCUGAUUGCACUCGUCCUCAGCGGCGUCUUCUUCAUCCACGAGAGCUUCGUCCUGCAGCACGCCGCCGCCAUCUGCGAGUGGGUCUUCACCGUCAUCAUCCUCGUCUUCUACGGCACGUUCACCUACGAGUUCGGCUCCGUCACCAGAGACACCGUGAUGGCGGGGCUGCAGAGGAACCUCCCCCUUGGGGGCGGAGCUUCCAGGGAGCUGAAGACUCCGGGCAGGAGCAGCACCACGUCUACACAGCUGAACUGCAUGCCGGAGAACAUAGCUAUGCUUUAACUAAUCCUCACACACACACACAGCUGCUGCCUUGAACUAAGUUUUAUAAGUCCCAGAAUUCCCUGCACUGCACAGUUUAGUGUCCUCCCGAUGAAAACACUAGUAUGAGUGACAGUGUGGUAUUAACAGCACCCUGGAAGCUCUACCCCCUUCCUCAAGUUCACAUUAGUUCAUCUCUCAUCCUGAUUUUUUUCCUUGGGAACUCAAGAAAAUCUUUUUUUUUUUAGAGAUCUGCACUGAAAAAUCUUUGAUCACGUUUCAGCUGAAUAUUUUCAGUGCGUCCCUGAUAACAAAACCAAUGGUCACUCUGUUGUCAUUUAAAUAUUUUGACGCACUUUUUGGUCUGCAGCAUCGGUCAGCACUUAUAGAACAUUUCCACGGUUUCUUUCAAGUCUGUUAGACAAGUGAUCUGUAAAAGAACGAUAUAAAAUCUUUGUUCUCCAUUUUAUUACAACAGAAAUGUUCGCUUUACCAGUGAAGGAGGCGUUGUCUAAAUAAGGCCCCGCCCUAAGAUGUAUGGAUGAAGUUGUCAGUCCUAAACAGUGCAGUGCAGGUCAGAAUCACUCCACUGUUUCACGCACAUCCUACAUUCUCUGCUGUCACGCUCUCCACACAGGAAAGAUCCGAGAGUGGAAUAGGAAGCGUAGCUGCUGCUGGUUUGUUUAUGGGUGUUUGGGUUGAAGUGCGUGUUUCCAGUCACUUUUUGUUUUUGUUUUAUUUGCACAAGGGCCCAUUUUUCUCUGUAGUGGCCUGGAGCUGCUUGCUGCUGUCCGGAAAUGUUUGCACGUCACGCAUGAACGACGUUAUGAGGUUUUUCCGCGAAGGUGCGUGUCGUAUACCCAAGCGCGCGAGCGCGUUAAGCCGAUACGCGAUUGUACACACGCUUAGAAAUUUACAAUCGCAGUCUUGAACUGAUAAUCGAGUAGUUGCACAUCCUGAUAAAAUCACUGAUGGUUAGUAAUCACUGCCUUAUAGAGACAAUACUAUUUAUGCCUGUUUUUAAUAUAUAUAUGAUAUAUAUAUUAUCAUAAGUUUUGUUAUCUUUAUGCCUGUGUGUUUUUGUUAAACAUAUCAGUUUUUCUGUAUUAUCACUCUUCCACAAGCCGUCCAUCACAAACUACCCAUGAGGCCACUUUCUGCUCAUUUCCACACGCCAUCAUGGAGCUCCAUGAUGAAUUUCAAACUUUAGCCAAUGCUUUUAUUAUUUUUGAAACAUUUCGUGCCGUCACCUGUGUUCAGUCUGCCAAAGCCGUCGCCAUAACAACGGCGAAUGGGAUUACCGCUAGCAAACACGGAGCCGCCCGUUUGCGAACCACUCUACACGUGACUGAACAGUAAAUCCGUGUCUUGGCGUCUGGGCUGGAUCCCGGGAGUCUGUUUGAACACCGGGAAGCUGUCUGUGGCCUUAAUCUUCUGUUCAUCUCGCUUCAGAAACCAAAGUGUGUUCGCCGGUUCUCUCCGUCACGUUACGCCUCGCUCCGUUCCUGUACAAGCGUUUGCUGGAUAAACGUUCGUCUGUAUUCGACCACACCGUCUCUAGGGCCUCCGAGGGAUCCCGCUGUCGGACCUCCUGAAGCUUCCAGUCCGAUGCCGGGACUCGGAGAAACGUGUUUACAUUCUCGGUGUAGUGAGGAUCAUCUGAGAAGCUUCAGCUAGAGCUGAGCGAUAACUAACGAUAAUCAUCGUUAACAUUUCUCCAGAACCGUUUAUCUCCAUCCGUCCAAUCAGAUGCGACACUGGAGACUCCUUCCAUAAACCUUAAGUCUCCUCACAGACAACCUCACCAUAUCAUUUUUUUUUUUUUUUUUUUAAAACUCUUGUUUAUGUGGAGCGUCCGAUCGUACACGUCCCUGUUGCUAUAGAAACGUACAAGCGCAUUGAUCUUGUCAGAGCUGCAGUUAUAGAGAAUUAAACACCUUCUGACCAAUCGGGCCCUGAUUUAACAAUACAAGAGGAGAGCCUCGAUGUGUACGACUGGUCAGUGACCAUUUAAACAAACCAAAACAUCAGGUUCAUGUGCUAGGAUUUCAUCCAUUUGUACAUCAUGUGGCCUGAACAGCUUUAAGAAAGAUCUUCACAGAAGGAAAGGAAGAUUUGUUUUUGUAUUUCUGUGGCUCGGCUCUGGAAGGCGAGUCCAGUGUAUCUACGGCUUUUACAACCAAACCGAAUGCAGUCGUACUGUAAAAAGCUCAUCUCGGACCAGGCUCCGCCCUCGCUGCUGUCCAUCUGCUCGGUGUUUCACUGUAUGAAGUGCGUCCCUGCUGACUGCACUGAUCUGUGGAACUGCUCCGGGUUGUGGGUUUAUUACUUUCUUUGGAUUUGAACACCUUUCCAGCGAUGGAGCAAUAGAGUUGUGAAGGUUUGCUUCCAGCAUUCACGUAACCGAAGUCCAGCGCUUUUCACUUGAAUUUUUUUUUUUUUUUUUUUAUAAACAA